AAACAAACUAGUUUACCAUCACAUCAAAUAAUUUCUGAAGUGUAUAAGUUAUACAGUUAGCAUCACUAAAAUGCCGCCAUCAUUGUGUAGUUGUGCCGAACAAGUCAGAAAAUUGACACAGCAGGCAUCAAUAAUGAGAAGAGAGAUAAAAAAUCUCAGACAGCAGAUUGAUGGAUCCAUACGAGCACAUAAGAAGCAGUUGUCGUCUCUUCAGUCCAUGCUGACAGACUGUAUGAAACAUGAUGACAGAUUACAAUCAGUGAGCAAAAGCCCAUCUCAGAGCCCCGGUGGAAUUAAUCAAUUAUUAGAACAAGGGCGUAUUCAGACGGUACCUAUUGGAUAUAUCAGCUCAUGUUUUGCAGUCAAAACUGGCACUCCACGUCAACCCACAAUAUGCAGUUCUUCACGGGCCAGCUUGAAGAUUGACCCAUCAGUCUUCAAUAAUCCUGAACAUUCUUUAGUUGGACUGGAACAAUACUCCCAUAUCUGGAUCAUUUUCCUUUUCCAUAAGAAUGGGCAAAUGAGCUAUAAAGCCAAAGUAAAGCCGCCCCGUCUGAAUGGCCAGAGGGUGGGGGUGUACUCCACCCGCAGCCCCCACAGGCCCAAUGCUUUGGGACUGACCUUGGCAAAGCUAGAAAGAAUCACAGGGGAUACACUUCACUUGUCAGGGGUUGAUAUUAUCGCUGGAACACCUGUCCUGGACAUCAAGCCGUAUAUUCCAGACUACGAUUCUCCCAAAACAAGAACAGAUGAUACCAACAGUAAAUAUAAACAAACAUCAUCAUUCACAGACCCGAUGGAUCUAGAUGAAGAACCAGACACCUUAGAGACAUCAUCUGAACCUUCCUCAGAGCUCAGUCUUUGUCCAGCCGCUGCUUCAGAUUUUUCUUUUUCAGAAAGGUCUGGAUCCAGUGAAGUGACUGAUGUACUUGAAGAAGUUAAAAACUAUCUCAGACAGCAACAACUUUUCCCUGAGAAUCAAGACAAAAACACGGAUACUCCUGAAGGCACUUCGGCGGGUACAAACCCUUUAAGUUCAUCCAGUCUCAGAUUUGGCCAUGAGGACUACAGUACUAUCGCUGCCUGGGUCAGGGCACCUCCUAUCAGUAACCUAAAUGUGCGAUUUACUGCAAAUGCUGAUAAAGAGCUCAAAGAGUUUCUUCCCUGCGACAGUACAGACAGCACAAGACCAAAGUUCCAGUUCUUGAAAGGACCAAAUGAAGCAGUGGCUGCUAUCCACGGCAUUCUGUCAGCUGACCCCAGAUCAGUAUAUCGUCGCACUCGUUGUCAAGACCGCCUGUUCUUCUUUACCCUGGAUACAGCUGACAUCACCUGCUGGUUUGGAGAUGGUUGUGCGGAGGUUGUGAGAGUCAAACCUGUGCAGAGUUCAGAACUCACAAAUAUUGUGUGAGUUUUGUCAGAUUUGCACUUUCAGUGAAAAUUACUUGUAGGAUAGUUCACCCACAAAUGAAAAUGUCAUCAUCAUCAGUCAU